ACUAGGUCAAAAACUCAAAAAGGUUUCACUCGCACACGCCCCCACCACACCCACCUUGAAUCUCUGCGAGAGACGAGAGCAAAGGAGAUAAAAAAAAAAAGCGUCGCAAUUUUAUUUUUUACUAUCGAGCACUAAAAAAGACCCCACAUUUUGAACCUGUGUCAUCAUGGAUCCCAAGAACCCUCCAAAUCUCUCAAACCCUUCAGAUAAGAAGAAGAAGACAGAAACAGAGGUUAAGGUGGUUCUCAACACCGUCGAAGGAAAGAGGAAGUGGAAGCCGAAGGAUAACGAAGGGCGCGAGAUUCAGACCAAAUCAGCUAAAGAUCGACACCUUAAAGUGGAAGGACGCAGUCGAAGAAUUAGGUUGCCUCCGGUCUGUGCAGCCAGGAUCUUUCAACUGACUCGAGAGUUAGGUCACAAAUCCGAAGGCGAGACUCUCCAGUGGCUUCUCCGCCACGCCGAGCCGUCGAUCAUCUCCGCCACCGGAACUGGAAUCAAACCAGCCACCGACUCCGUUUCUCAACCUCCUCCUCAGGCCGUCGAUUUGAACCUAGACGUCGGAGGUUCAAGGUCCCAGCUUUCGAAUGGGCUUUGGGGAAAUGAGACUGGGUUUGGUGUUGGGGCUAAUAAUCGUACGACGGGAGGAGGAUUGGAUUUAAACUGUGGAACUGGGUUUCUUGGGUUUGAUUUCAUUGGCUCUUCAGAGAUGGGUUUUGAGAAUAAUAAUCAAAUGCAUCAAGUUGGGGUUUUGAAUCAGCAAAUGGGUCAAGAACAAGCUAAGGUACUUCACCAUCAUCAUCAUGAAGCUCAGCAACAGAACGCAGACAAACAAGGGUCUUAAAGCUUGAACCUUUAGUGGUUCUCUUUAUUUAGAUAUAUGCAUAUAUAGUUAGUGAGAUGUCUGAUAUUAUUAUGCUUUUUGGUGGAAUCUCAAGCUUAGUAUAGCUUUUAGGGAAUGUUAUUUUAUAGCUUCGUUUACUUAAACUCCCUUUAAUCAAUGGCUUUAAUGCACUUAAAUCACGUUAUGCCAUAUUCGCGAAGUAGUUUUGCUUUUUAAAGUGCGCUGAUUCGGUGAGGAUUCGGUGAGGCUUCUCUGCAUAAUCAAGCACUUUGUUGAUUGAAAGAGUUUGCCUUGACAUUGAGUUGUUUUGUGAGUCUCUCUGGUAUCUAAUGCAUAUAUUGGCCUUGCUGUCGUUGCUGAACACGAGGAAGUUCUUUUUUCU